UGCCUGUCUGUCUGUCUGUCUGUCUGCUGGAAUCUGAGCUUUUGAAGCUGCAGCUGGGCCUCUGAACCCCUCACGUGUCCAGCGUCUGGAGGGACAUCUGGGUGUCAUUGGAGGGGAAGGAGAGGCAGACAAGCUUUGUGAUGGGACUAUAGUUCCAGGAAGCCUGGAUGAAAAACAUGGAAUCUGUUUCAUGUGCUGCCAGAGUGUUGUUUGCAUGUUUUCCUCAAAGCAGAGUGGCCCAAGACCAUGACGGGCCUGCCCAGCACGUCGGGGACGACGGCGAGCGUGGUGAUCAUCCGGGGCUCCAAGAUGUACGUGGCCCACGUGGGGGACUCAGGGGUGGUGCUGGGGGUCCAGGAUGACCCCAAGGACGACUUUGUGAGAGCUGUGGAGGUCACACAGGACCACAAGCCAGAGCUGCCCAAAGAGAGGGAGAGAAUCGAAGGCCUUGGGGGCAGCGUGAUCAACAAGUCCGGAGUGAACCGUGUGGUGUGGAAGAGGCCCCGGCUGAGCCACAACGGCCCCGUUCGCCGCAGCACCGUCAUCGACCAGAUCCCCUUCCUGGCCGUGGCCAGAGCCCUGGGUGACCUCUGGAGCUACGACUUCUACAGUGGGGAGUUUGUGGUGUCCCCUGAGCCCGACACGAGCGUUCACACCAUCGACCCCCAGAAACACAGAUACAUCAUCCUGGGCAGUGACGGGCUCUGGAACAUGAUCCCACCCCAGGAUGCCAUCUCCAUGUGCCAGGAUCACGAGGAGAAGAAGUACUUCGUGGGAGAGCACCGGCAGUCGUGUGCCAAGAUGCUGGUGAGCCGCGCCCUGGGCCGCUGGAGGCAGCGGAUGCUGCGGGCGGACAACACGAGCGCCAUCGUGAUCUGCAUCCACCCCCCUCGCGCCAGCCAGAGCCCCUGGGAGCACGAGGAGGAGCUGUACCUCAACCUGGCCGAGGGGCCCUGCUACAGCAGCCCUGACACCAACAGCACGAGCCCCUCCCGCUGCUGCACCCCCCCUGUCAAGCUUUCGGAAGAUGAGCCGUGGCCACGCCUGAGCGCCGCCGAGCCCGUCCCUCCCCUCCUGCACAGCCCCGCGCUCACAGACAAGUACCUGGAGCUGCCAACCGAGAUUGCCAAAAGCAGCGUCGCUGCCUCGGGAGGAGCCCCGAAGGAUUCCGGCCCCCCGGAGGAGAAGUGCAGCAAAGCGCUGGCUCUGCGGAUACAGGAAUCCUACGGCAGCGGCCUGUCGGUCAGCCUGGCCCCCUCCAACUCCGCCAACUCAGGCACGGACCAAAAAGGCUUCAAGGUGUCCCCUGCCGGCCAAACUAAAGCGCAGGAGGCGGAGAAAACGCCCGCGGCGAACUUU